CUCUGGCCGAGGUGCGAGCGUAGCUGGUGCAAGAAGGGGAAGAGGUCGCACGAAAAUGAAUUGAAUGUGUGGUGAAUCACGCCCAUCACAAUGCACACACUGUUCGCCACCCUUGGACAGGCGCGAUCGAUAGGAAGCGAAACCUGCUUCACUGACUCACCAUGCCAACAUUCCUGCCCAGUUGCCCUGUAUAUUGCCCGGCCAGCCUCAUUUCGAACGUUGUCCUCUAUAUUCCUCGAAGUAAAAUAGCGCAGGACAAAGUGCCUAGACGCUUGUCAGAUUGCACCAUUUCGUCUGCAGAAGUUGUCCCUAUGGAAGCCUCCUACGGAACCUCGGCGUCCGAUCGAUCACCAGACACGUCACAGGACAAUGCGGAUAUACAGUCGGAACUCCACACAAAUGACACCAGCCGUGAUACUGCUCGCUCGGUCGGAAAUCAAAAAAACCUGGAUGAAGCAGGCCGGCGUCACAAGUUUGACAGGACAAAGGAUAGACUUUGGAUAUUUAGCUUCUCAGCGGGAUACGAGACUGACGAUAGGUUAGAUGACGAGAGUUCUGAUGACGAGGAACCGUAUCCACAGAGAAUAAAAGAAUCCAGUCCCCCGGUCGUAACGCGUCAAAACACCUCAGGACAAGUAGCGUUCCAUACCGCAGAGUAUGACAGUAACAAAACUCUCUCCUUGGUGGGUGACGAAAACCCUCUCUCGCCUCUUAUGCGUACACCGGGACUGCAACGUGUCAUCGUCGAGGUUCCUUGUAAAUUCCGACUCAUGGAUCUUCCGGGAGAACUACGUAAUUACAUUUACGCGGAAGUGUUCGCUCCUGUCGACUGCGAAGCUAGGGACCUACCAAUCGACGUCAAGCGUGCCGCUGUCAAGGUCGCAUCAGACAAGACUGGUCUGAUUUACUUGAUGAAUCACGAGCUACAAGAUGAGAUCAAGCCACUCAUACACAGCUCGUUCAAGAAAAACAUAUUUCACCUCAGAGUACCGGCUUGCAGCGAAUAUAGACUGAUCGGCGAAUAUUACUCUACUCCGUACGGUUUGGACAUUGUACAGAGACUGCACUGGCUCGAAACUGUCGAUAAGCUCGUAUUCCAUGGCCUCAUCUUUCCAGAUAGUAUACCUGUCGGCGAAACACAUAAGCAUAUGGAAAUGCUCGCAAGUAUGAUAGCAUUCCACAUGUUAACUUCACCCUUGUGCGACUACGAGAUGCAAGAUUUCGGGCGCGAAAGAAGGAACUUCAUGCACGGCAAGACGCGACCGAUAAGCACAACUCAGUUGACAUUUCGCAAAGACCUAAGUUACUACUGUAGGGAUGGUUUCCUUGGCAAGCCGGGUCUCACUAGGCUGGUACAGCACUGGGUUAAACUGACACAGCCAUACCUGACAGAGAUGCUUACUGUCAUUGCGUCGCCUAUGCCCCAAUGGCCUUGGCUGUUAGGGCUCGCAGCUUGAGCCUAUCUAUACUGUACGCAUCUUUCACGCUUAUCAAAUAGACACUCGCUUCUCUGUCUGAUUACUAGCGCCGAUUAGAGUCCAGAUCUACAUCGUUCGGCAGAGGCUAUGACGAACCUUGCAUGAUAAGUAUCAAUUAAAUGGGAUGUGGACCUUGGGGUUAGUAGGCUUUCCAGUACUACGAUUUCACUCAGCCGGGUUUCGUGAAGCAUGUACCAAU